AUGGGGAACGUGCAGUCGGAGCCGUCCGCGGGCGGGGGCUCCCGAAAAGAGCAGGCCUCGGACCGCGCCUCCGACUCCCGCCGGACGUCCCUGGUGGAGCCCGAGGUGAUCCUUUGCUCCCCGGCCAUGCGCCUGGCUCGAGGGCUGGGUGUCUGGUUCCCUAGCAGCCCCGCGCCACCGGGACUCCUGGUACCUCCGGAGCCCCAGACCUCACCCUCGCCCCUGCCCCUGACCUUAGAACUGCCCUCGCCAGUGACGCCUCCUCCAGAGGAGGCGGCUGCGGCUGCGGUCUCCACACCACCCCCGCCCCCCAUGGGGACCCUGUUGCCCGCGCCGUCUAAGUGGCGAAAACCCACCGGCACUCCGGUGCCCCGGAUCCGCGGCCUGCUAGAGGCGAGCCAUCGCGGCCAGGGUGACCCUCCAGGCCUCCGCCCGCUGCCGCCACCGCCCCGGCAACUAACCGAAAAGGACCCGAUCCCGAGGGUCCCACCCCCACCUCAGCCGACUUUGGAGCCGCGGAAGCCGCCACCACCGCCACCUACCGACUGGCAGCUCUUGAACCGCAGAAUCACUCCUGCUUUGGCCACGCCCGCCGCAACCCCCACAGAAAGCCACGUUGGGCACGGCAGCGAGGGCCAGAUCGCUGGCGGGGCUCAAGGAGGAGCAUCUCCCCAAGCAGGCGAAGGCGAAAUGGCCCGGCCUGCGGCUUCCGAGUCCGGCCUGAGCCUGCUAUGUAAAGUCACCUUCAAGUCGGGGCCUCCCUUUCCCCCUGCGGCAGCCUCAGGUUCCUUGGCAGCCAAAGCCUCGCUCGGGGGCGGCGGAGGCGGAGGCGGAGGCCUCUCCGCCGCCUCCGGUGCCAUCUCUUAUGCCGAGGUCCUGAAGCAAGGGCCUCUGGCUCCUGGAGCCGCUCGACCCUUGGGAGAGGUCCCUCGCGGGGCACAGGAACCCGAGGGCGGAGAUGGAGACGGCGAAGGGUGUUCUAGUACCCCUUCGGCGUCCGCGUCCCACGCCCGAGUCCUACCGCCGCCACCCUACGCCACCUUCCCAGGUUCGAAGCCUAAAUUCGACUGGGUGAGCCCUACCGAUGGCCCUGAACGCCACUUUCGCUUCAACGGGGCUGCUGGAGGCGUUGGGGCGCCCCGACGGCGCGCAGCGGCGCUCUCGGGGGCCGGGGGCUCCCCUCCGUCACCACCAGGGCCGAUGCACUCAGCUCCCGGGCCCCGGAGGCCCGCACCUGCCUUGCUGGCGCCGCCUAUGUUCAUCUUCCCGGCGCCCACCAACGGCGAGCCCGUGCGCCCCGGGCCUCCAGGCCUGCAGGAUUUACCCCCGCCGCCGCCGCCGCCCGCACCGCCACCCACACCACCUCCCGCGCCGCCGCCCACACCGCAGCCGCCCGUGCUCCAGCCAGCGCCGCUGCCGCUGCCGGUGGCGCUCCCGCCCACCCCAGGCCUCAGCCACGUGGAGCCAGCCCUGGCUCCCGCCCCAGCCCCCGCUCUGCCCGCCGCCUUGGCCGCCGACCAGGCCCCAGCCCCGGCUCCAACACCCACCGCUGCCGAGCCGUCGCUGCCUGCGCCCCCGCCCGCGCCCGCGCCCAUCAAGGCCCGCACACGUAGAAACAAGGGUUCUCGUGCGGCCCGGGGCGCGACCCGCGAAGAUGGCGUGCCAGGAGACGGUCCCCGCGAACGAGCUACAGCUACCAUGACUGACAGCGGCGGUAGAGGGAGUGGAGUCAACGGGGCCCCUCUGGCUGGGGCAGCCAACACCGGCGCUGCGCGCCACUGGCCGCCCUUCCAGGUGCUUAAGUCUUGUCCCUGCAAGUGUUACUGCCGCCACCAGCCAGGCCAUCGCCGCCUGCCACGCAACGUUUCUGCCUGGCUGAGAACACCUACCAACCACCUGAGUGAGCCGCCCUGGGUCGCCACCAUCAAGCUGGCCGGCUCCCUAGUAGCUGGGCUGGAGCACUACGACUUGCAGGCCACCCACGCCAACUGA